AUGAGCACCGGCCACAGCACCAUGGACAUGGUCCUCGUGAUCCUCGUGCCGCUGCUGCUGCGCCAGCUGCUGCCCCUGCUGCAGGCCGCCUGGGAAAAGUACUUGAAGAGGGCCGACAAGGGCAGCGGCGCCCACCAGCGCGUCGUGACCUACACCCAGAAGCACGCGCAGUACAGCUACAGCGGCGACAUAGACAAGGAGCCGCCCAACCACCUGCUGCAGGCCGCGAUCCUGCUGUACCUCAACCACACCGCUGACCUGGCCUCAAAGAUCACGCACGCCGACGUGCAGCUGCGGCGGGUCAAGAAGGACGCAGGCGUGGCCACAGGCGCCGCUGCUGCAGACUGGGCGUCCAAGGGCGGGGGCAGCAGCGACGACGGCGGCGGCGGCGGCGGUGACGACGGCGCGUCGUCGUCGUCGUCGGGUGACAGCUGGACCAGCUGGUGCCGCCCGUCGGGUGACGAGCUGCUGGAUCACCUGGGGGUGUCACUAGUGCCGCCGGAGGACACAUGGGUGGAGCUGGAGGCGGGACUGCGGCUCAAGCGGAUCGAGCAGAACUCGAACAGCAACGGCGACGGCAGUGGCGGCGAGGGCGGAGGCCAGAAGGCCGCGUCCAGCAGCAGCAGCACCACCACUCUCAUAGUAGAGGGCGCCACGGCGGCGCAGGUCGAUGGCUUCAUCGGCCGCGCGUGGGCCCACUUCCGGGAGGAGCGGCGCAAGAAAAAGAAGGACGAGAGCCGCUACCUUUACAUGCCGGUGCUGGGCCGCGGCGGCGGCGGCGGCGGCGGCGAGGAGGCGGGCGGCGACCGCUGGACUUACAAACGGUGGGAGGGCGGGUGCCUGCGGGAGGGGACUGCGAUCUGA